GAUACGAAUCCAGCCACUUUAUAAGUUUGCUGUGGGUUGUUCCAAGUUCAAGCUAUUCUUUACAUCCCCUCCCCUCCCACACAGGAGCCCUGGGCUGCCCAAUCAGCAGACGGGUAGAGAAUGCAGGCGGUUCUCUCCGCUGUUACUAAAUCAACCGCUUCGCAGAAACAAUGAGGUCCUUGAGUUCGGGUCCGGGUGGAAUGUGUGGCUGCUCCUGAACUCCCCGUGAAGUCGCACGUCGGGACAGGGGACACUGGAUUGAGUACAUCGGCUCGCAGUUUGAUAGAAAGCCUCACUGCAAGAUUUUAUUUAAUUACACCCGCUGGAUUUUGUUGUUUUUUUAAAAAAAAUAUAUCCGACUGCAUUUUAAGUACAACCUAGGUGGACGGAAGCUGGCUGGGGCAGAUUGUGGGCAAGCGGCGAUGGUUGGCAGCCUCAAUCUCCAGGAGGUGACUGGUCCCCUGGUGGAGCCGAAGCGGCUGGGGGAAAGAGUGCUGGAUAGUCCCGACUCGGGACUGCCCCCGAGUCCAAGCCCGACGCCCAGCGUUUGGCUCCCGUCCCCGGGGAGUUUGGCAGAGAACCGGCUACUGGAACAGGAUGAUCACGGCUUUCCGUCCAGAGGGCAUCCCCGGGCCUCGGUGGGUGACCCUUUGAUUACUUCCUCUUUCCAGAAUGCUGGCCUUGGACCGAGACUUCACCCGCUCUCGUUCGGAGAAGGAGUUGAAGUUGACCCCCUGCCACCGAAGGAGAUCAGGUACACCUCCUCCGUGAAGUAUGACUCAGACCGGCAUUACGUCAACAACGUGUUCCUGCAGCACACCUUGGGCGUUGGCUCCUGCAGCCAGACAGUCAUCUGUGUUCCCGACUGCACGUGGCGGAACUACAAGACAGAGCUGAAGUUCGAGUUUCAGCACAAACCGCUGCGGUUCCUCAGCGCAGUCAUCGUGUACCCCAAGUAUGCAAAGACUGUCUACACCACCACUGUGGAUUACAACUGCAGGAAGGCGGCCCGGAGGUUUUUGUCCAGUGUGGAACUCGAAGUGACAGACUUCAGUAGCAGUUAAAUGGCGCUCUCCACUGACGUGUUUUCAUCCAAAAAUCCACUUCAGCUCUCGACUGUCAAAUUGCUUCUGAACUUGUUCAAUACUGUGUUUCUUUACUCUUUGUGUCUUAGUCUCCUAAUUAUUUUUAAUCACAGAAGUUUAGGAUUUCCUUUAGAAAUGUUAAGGCAUAUUAUGUGUAUUAGUUAGGAAACAUAGUGCAACAAUGCAUUUGAUUUUUUAGAAUUCCUUUUAGUACGUCCAGACUAAAGAUUGUCGGUGGGGCUGGAAGGUGGUUGAGUGGGAAGCUGUUGGCCACUAAGCCCUGGCUUCAGUCUGUGUGGGGAUGGAGGUUUUCUUGAUGCUCAACGUGAGAUCCUUUUGGGAAAUGGAGAAUUUUGCUGCCAGACUUGGCUGCUGCGUUCAGCCCAUUGCUGAAACGGGCAGGUCAUGGAGUGGGGGUGCAAAGGCACAAUUCCAAUAAAAUUCCACUGCGCACAUUGGACGGCUUGUCAUAAAAGUAAUUUGGCACAGUUAAAAUCACUCUUGCAUUUAAUAUGCAAGUAGUUGUGUUUUGAAGAACUUGGCUAAAUUACCAUCCACUUUAGAGGGUUUGGUGAAAAUAAACACGAGGUUUGCGCCAUUGGGUUUCAUGUGAGCAGUAGGAUAUUUUAACGUGAUCCCUCGCACAAGUCCGUGAUGAAAGUGUGUAACCAAAUGGUGGCUGAUAUUACUGCUCCAAUCUGGAUUAAAGAGUUCCAUUAGGAGUUUAAGAGCGGGGCAGUUUCAAGUGUAAUGGUACAUGUUAUUAACAUUGCCCAGUGGAAGGUAAUUUACUGUUUUGCAGUUUGUUGCGAUUCAUUCCUUGUAGAAAUUUAUCCAGGGUUUGUUGACGCAUAGAGCACCAUCUCCUGUUUCUAACUAAAAUGGAAAAAGUGUGGUGUUUUUAACGGACUACAGGAUUUGCUGUUCUGAGAAGAGAACGAGGCAAUAUGUAAGAGGCCAUUUUGGCAAGAGCCAGUUGCUACCCUGCCACAAUGUUAUCUGACUGCUCCUUGAAAGCAGGAAUCUUGCCUAUAUUUAUUCACCCAUCUAGCUCAUUUGUACAUAAGUGCUCUUUCCCCAGUCUGUCACUAAUUGCAACCUCCAGCACUUCCAUUGGAGCUCAUCACCUUCUGAGUGUUUUGACUCAAUGAUAUGUAAAUGUUGGAGAAUGAACCAAUUUCUAUGACACUAUGCAGCUCCAGUAAUUUUUAAGAAUGUUUCUUUUGUGUAAUUGGUUGCUGAAACCCCAGUAUUAAGGGUGUAAUCCAAUGGGAACUGGGAUCUACUGAUCUGACUCUGUUCACAACCAAUCCAAUACCGGGCAUGGUUAAUGUGAAGCUGUGUUGCGGAGGAGAUGUGAGAUAGAGGGACUGAAUACUGAUAGGUGGGUAGGAAAGGUGGGUGCUUUUGAAACAGCUGCUGGGAUUACUCAGCAGAUCACUCAGUCUGGGUAGAAAAGCAAGGCACUUGGGGUCAAUGACCUUUUAGAAUGUAGAUGGUGAAAAUACUAUUUAAAAUGCUGAGUAACUUGGGUGUAGUGGAAGGUCUGAAGUAAGUAAACUAAAGGGUUGUUGGUCGGGAUUAGACUGUGUUGAUGUCUUGAUUCUGCAGCUCCUCUUCAAGACAAUGAUAUUGCCGAGAAGGGAAAAGGGAAUUUGUUGCCAGCCAUCUGUAACAGCAACAUGUAGUGCGUUUUCCAAACUUCACAGCCAGCUGCUUUGAAUGGGCUGGGGAAGGGACUUACUUGGCCACUUUAAAGCAUUCAGACACUUCAAUGUACAGGAGGGUUCUAGCGAAACAACUUCCCAAUUGUUUGCAGAUUUCAUGCAUGGCAUUUAAAAAGACCAAAAAGGGAGGGGUGGGAGUUCUGUAAUGAAGCACUUGAUUAGAAUGUGACACAAAUGUUUGCACAAUAUAUCCCAACUCAGCCCAAGCAGUUCUUAAAAACUGUACAGGUCUUGUGUACAUAUGUGUAUAGCUGGCUCAAUAAAUAUGGAUUAUUUUAAUGUGUUUGCAAAUGUGUCAUUAAUAAAGUUAAUGUGUAAGAUGGCAUGCAACUAUUGAUUUUGGUCUCUGCUUAAACCUCCAGGAGCAGUUGAGCGCAGCUUAAUGUUAUCUCAAGCUAGCAUUGAGAAGGGGAAUUUAACCUGGUUGAAGAGCAUGUGUUAAGAUGCAUAUUAAGUGUAACCAACUGUGCGAGUGUUUCAAGUUUGCACGCACAGUUGACUUGACAAAUGUGGUGUUGCAUACUGGAUACUUGACUAGGCUUUCCAGCAGCGAUUUAAGUGGGCGGCAGGGUGGGGUAGACACAAUCCUGGCAGUUUUUGAAACGUGACACUUGCCCUGAAAUAGUUCAGAUAAUCCGUGAAGCAGACUGGCUCUACUUGAUGCACGUUUAGUAACUGAAAAUGAUUAAAAUCAUUAGUCUUAAAAGGAAAUGUCCAUUUGACUCCCAACCCGGUGGCACUGUAGCUAUGCAGUUAGCACGACACUAUUACAGUGCCAGUGACCCAGCUUCAAUUCUGCCGCUGUCUGUAAGUAUCUUUUCCCGGUUACUGCAUGUUUUUCUCCAGGUGUUCUUUCUUCCAAAGAUGUACAGGUUAGGAUUAGAAAACUUUGGGCAUGCCAUAUUGGCAGUGGAAGCAUGCUGAUAUAGCAUGUGGCAUCUGGCCCCAGCACAUCUUUGGACUGCUGGUUGCUGAUGCAAAUGAUGAAUUUCAUUUGUGCUUCAGUAUCAAAAUUGGGUAUAAUAUCAAUGGCAUAUGGUUGUGAGAUUGUGUUUUGUGGCAGCAGUACAGUGCAGUACAUAAAAAGCUAAACUGCAAUAAGGUGUGUGUAUAUCAAUUUAAGUAGUGCAAAAAUAGAGUGUUUGGGGUUGGUUCAUCUGUUCAGAAAUCUCUGCAUUGAUGUACAUUUUUUUAUAACAUGAUCAAAUUAGCUUUCUUUGUCACACAUACAUCAAUGUUUAUCUCAUUAUAAAAAUCCAGUAGCAGCUUCCACACUGAAAAUUGGCACUUGGAGUAAAACAGUUCAAGGUUUCAGCUUUCUGAUCAGGUCCAAAGUCUGUGUGCGGAACGAUAGUCUGGAGCUGCAGUAUAUUGUCCCUGCAGAGUAAAUAGGCUACAUAAAUAUUGUUAAGUGUUGAAACCCUGAUUAUAUUAUUUUUACAAAAUAAUGGUCAUGGCAGAUGGGAAUGUC